ACUACCUUUUUUUAGUCUGUGCAGGCCAACUGGACAUCACAGGCCACGAGGAGCCGCUGAUCAUCGGAGUAUCCCGGGACAUUGUUUGCUCGUGGAACGGAGAUGCUAAUGUUACGAAGAUGGAGUGGUUUCUUGUCGGGCUCGGAACAAGCGACGCAAUUGAGACAGUGAUGGGCGACAAUUCCAUUGUGCUCACCCUCAAUCCUGGCAAUAUGGGACUGGAUGGGACCGCGUACACCUGCCGAGCAACUCUGUCGGACGGGCAGAGGGCCGAAGAAAGCAUUAUUCUAAGUGUUAAAGCGCUCGAGAACAUAGUGAGCAUUGCAGCUAUAUCAAGCCUAGCCAUUGCUGGAGAGUCUUUCAUCCUUGUGUGCAAUGUGUCGUCUGAAAGAGAAGCCAACUUGAGUUGGGUCGAUCCAAACGGAGUGGAGAGGAGAGAUGAUCCGGACACUACCGUCUCCUACAGUGGCUGGAAUGGAGGAAUGAGUACACUCGUACUGACAAUUCACUCCAUUAGAACCUCAGAGAGCGGUGUGUACAAGUGCAUAUCGGACAUUGCGGUCCCUCCUUCAAAAAGUGAAGCUUCUUUUGUAGUCCAAGUUCAAAAACUCAUUCCAGAAGUGGAUUCCUACGUGGCAAUUAACUCUCAAUGGAGGGGUCACUCGUCACUCACUGAUAGUGAGAGGAGGGUCAUAGUGUCUGAACUGGAGGGAUUACACCUUAAGUACAAUACAUCUGUGACAUUUAACACACUGAAAUCCACGGACAGUGGCUCCUAUACUUGUUCAGCCACUGUUGGCCCUCAGGAACGAAACAACCACCUGAUAUCAAGCAGUCGCACCGCAGAGACAAUCAGCAUUUCAGUUGCCCUGAAAGUAACCAUUGAUGUGACCUACAACCCUCCAUCUGAUUUCAAUCUGCCCAGUCCACCAUACUAUCGACCUGCCACAUCACUAACUCUCACCUGUCGUGCUCACCAUCCCACUGGAUGA